AUGCCGGGCGGGCGCGCCGUCCGCGUGCUGAACGUGGCGGAGAAGCCGUCCGUCGCGCGCGCCGUGGCGGAGAUCCUCGCGCGGUACGGUGGCGGCGGAGUGAGGUCGCGCGAGGGGCGGUCCGUGUACAACCGCAUCUUCGAAUUCACAUUGAACCAGCUAUGGGACUUGUCAUUUCGCCAAUGCUGGAACGUCACUCUCCCCCCUCCCCCUGGUGUCUCCCCCUCCCCUCUCCCCCUCCUGUCUCCCCCUCGUGUCUCCCCCUCCCCCUCCUGUCUCCCCCUCCCCCCUCCCUCUCCCCCCUUCCCCUCCUGUCUCCACCUCCCCCCUCCUCGUCCUGUCUCUCCCCCUCCUGUCUCUCCCCCCGUCAGCUACACGAUGAGCAACCAGGCAUGUGACAUGGUGACGACUCGACUCAAAAGUCACCUCUCUCCCCCCAUCAGCUACACGAUGAACGGGCAGCUGCGCGUCAUGGCGAGGCAUCUGAUGGAGAUGGACUUUCAUGAUAGAUCCUCCCCUCCAACCCUCCUCCCUCCCCCUCCCCCUCCUCAUACCUCUCCUGUCUCUCCCCCCAUGCGCCAGCUACAUGAUGAACGGGCAGCCAUGCGACAUGGCGAUGACCUCUUUGACGCGCCCGUGCACAAGGCCAUCCCGCAGGUGGGAGGGUUGGGUUGUGGGCUGUUCGUUGUGAAUUCCUGGUAUGACUUGUAUGAGAAUCUCCUCCCCUUCAGGAAGUGGCACGCCUGCGAACCGCUCAGCUCUUUGAAGCGCCUGUCCCGUCCACAAGGCCAUCCCGCAGGUGGGAGGGUUGGGUUGGCUGUUUGUUACUUCCAGGCAUGGAUGGACAAGGCUGCACUGGAGGUGACGUUGAGGGAGGAGGCGAGGCGCAGCGACCAGCUGGUGUUGUGGCUGGACUGCGACAGGGAGGGCGAGAACAUCGCCUACGAGGUCAUGCAGGUGUGCUUGUCUGCUAAUUCGCGCCUGGCUGUCUUUCGAGCGCACUUCUCAGCCCUUGUUGACAGGUGCACGCACUUCUCACUCGAGCCUCUUUCCUCAUUCGUAGCUCGUGAAGGCUUGUAUGCUUCAUUCCUAUGA